AUGAUCGAACUUCAGAAUGGCGGUCCAGCCAUGAGCUCGCCACUGCUACAAGACUGGUACAAGCGUGUGUUCUCUCGAAUAGUUGACCUGGUCGGUGACUUUGCUGGUGAUGAGACCUUCAUCAUCGAAGGGGACUCUUUGCUGUUACACUGCUUUUCCAACCCGAAGCUUGAUUUCGCGCCCGGUUUCCAGGUUUUGCACGCCACCUAUAUGAUCGAACAGUUUUUACAAAAGCUUCGACAACGGAAAUGCACAUUUGAGAUAAUCUUUUUCAAAGACAAUUCGAAACUAUGCAUCCCCCAUUUCGCACAUUCCCAGUACCAUAACCGAUACCUUGUCGCUCGCGAAGCCAUGAUCCAUCAUCUCUCAUCUGUCUCUUGCCAGCCAGAGAGCCUUUUGAAAGUGCGAAAGUUUGACGAUUUUGCUUCAAAUUUGUUCGAAAAAUAUCUGGCAGAUUCUGGAGCUUAUUUGGUCAUGUGUCAUGAUGGGGCGCUUCCCACACGCGUCCACGAAAUUAAGAGUGGCGAUGAUAGUUCUUCCGACGACGAGAGCACAGUUGCGUCAGACUCCGACGAGGAUUGGGAAAUGGCAAACAGCGAUGAAAGUGAAAACGUGGCAGACAAUGUCAUAUCAUCGAUUUACUUCAGACAGAUGAUUUACUGGUUCUUUGUCCGUGGGUACAAUGUAUCUCUGAUCAACAACGUUGAGUUCCGGGACACGAAGGUUAUGACCAUGAUAAUCGAAGGGGCUUUCAAACAGAAGAGAACAGCAUUGAUGUCGAGGCAGUUUCAACAGAGGGCCCUGUCGGAAACCAUUGAAUACUCAAGUGAUAGCGGCGACAGCGAUACGUCAAGUGAUAUCAGUCAAUCAGAGACUGCGAAAGCCAACUCGACUCUAGCUAGUGGGAUUUUGAAGCGGGUAAUACAUCAAAACCCUAAUCUCACGCAGCGGCAGUGUGUCGUGAUUUCUACUUUGGCGACGAUGUUCUCCUUUGCGACCGUACAAAGUCCCGAAUUGAACGUUUGGAUACAAGCAAUGCUUCUUCACAUCACCGUUCUCCAAUACACACAGCUCAGCCAUCGGGUUUUUGAAUCUAGACAGGACAAAAACUCCCUAUUCUUCGACCAGUUCCUCGCAACUGCCAACCAAAUUCUUGGGUCUAGAGAGUGGCAGAUUACAAUGGACAGACACCAUUUGAUUUGUGAUCUCUUUGACCUGGUAGAUGGCCGAAUGUUCUUCGAGCUUCAGGCACUAAUUAAAAAGAACGGGAUAGAGCGCGCGGUGUCUUCAGAUAUCCUGCCCACAUAUAACAUGUUGGCCUGUGCCGUGGAGGAUAUUUGCCACAACAAGCUACAGUGUGGGAAAUCUGGCUGGCAAGCUUCACCUGGGAAAAGUUCGACCAAGAAAGAAGCGUCCAAGACGAACAGCGUACAUACUCCAGGAGUCAAGAGUCUACUGCCAUUUAAGAACAAAGUUUUCGAUGUUCAUUUGAAACCCGUCCAUAUUGAGGUUGACGAAACCCACGUGGCCGAUGAGGAAUUCUAUGGCUCAGGUAUAUUCGACGAGAUGACCCAUUGGCACAAUUCAAAGCCCCUAGACCAGAAAAAAGCAACGCCUUUAUUGGAUUGGGAGAAGCGUCGUGCUCUAAGACGAAAUGACCGGUACAUGACCGAAAUGAGAAACUAUGCAGAUAGUCUUACAGGGUCAGCGGGUAUGUCCCAUGCCGAAAUAAUUGUCGUUGAACCAUCCAGCUCUUCUGCUCAGCAAUCUACCAAUUCCAACAAAAGCCCCAACGGCCAAACGAAGCCAAAUUCUACCGGAAAAGGAAAUGCGAAAGCAACCAAGCAGAGCCUUAAUGUGAGACAGGACGCCGCAUCAAAAAUUCAGCUGAAAGCUACCGAGCGCCAGAAAAGAGAGAUCGAAAAAUGGAAAAAUCAGGUCAAGAAUUUCGAUGGAAUAAUCGACGCUAAGACUCGCUUCAAAAAUGUCAACACAUACCUAACCGGCUUGUCCUCAGAUAGCCGUCGUAUUCUUGAGCCGCAGAUUGUUGCAUACAUUAUUGAUAUAUUGCUACGCGUUAUGGCUGCGAAAUCAGGAUCUGAGCAAGCCAUCGAUAUGACUAUUAUGACGCGUGUUUGGGAAAACAUGACGCGACUUUUAAAGAUCAAAAAGGGUGUCAGUUCUCAUGUGGCUCAAUAUGUUGAACGCAUUUGUGUUUGGUUCGGACUCCCAAUUCUAAAGCUUCCAAACUCCGACGAGCAGGCUUUGUCCUUUAGUCCGUGGGAGUUGCCCAAAUUGCGUAAAAAACUUGGAAUAUCUGAAAUAGAGUUCCAGCUGAUAUAUGGUGGGCCUUUCAUGGACAGAUCGAUAGAUUCGAUGGCAGACUCACGGACACCUGAUUUUGACCCAGAUGGCUGGCAAAGGGACGUUCUGGAUCAGAUAGAUGCCAGGAAAAGUGUUUUCGUCGUGGCUCCAACUAGCGCAGGAAAGACAUUCAUCUCAUUUUACGCCAUGAGACAAGUUCUGAAGGAAGGUAACGAUGGAAUACUAGUUUAUGUCGCGCCAACAAAGGCACUUGUCAAUCAGAUCGCGGCUGAAGUCCAAGCUCGAUUUAGAAAGACGUUUCAUGGAUCGGAAGCUGCUGGCAAGUCAGUGUGGGCUAUACACACCAGAGACCAUCGCAUCAACGAUCCGACCGGUUGUCAGAUCCUAGUCACAGUUCCGCAUGUCCUUCAAAUCAUGCUCUUGGCUCCACACAACUCAAAGUCAUGGACUCCUUUGCUGAAGCGUAUUAUAUUCGACGAGGUUCACUGUAUAGGCCAGUCUGACGAUGGUGUUGUUUGGGAACAGCUGCUUCUUUUGGCACCUUGCCCUAUCAUAGCGCUCUCGGCCACGGUCGGCAAUCCCCAGGAAUUUCACAAUUGGCUGCAGCAUGCCCAAAAGAGGAGCGAGUUUGAUAUGAAAAUGAUACAACAUGAGCAUCGUUAUUCCGAUCUGCGGAAGUAUGUUUAUCAUCCGCCCAAGGCUUUUUCAUUUAGAGGAUUGAAUUCUCCCGUUGGCCUCGCUGGUCUUGGUCUUGACGAUGCUGAUCAUGUCACAUUCAUUCAUCCGGUUUUGAGCCUAAUAGAUCGGCCGAGGGGUAUGCCUGAUGAUUUUAGUCUUGAACCGCGUGAUUGCUUGAGUUUGUGGAAGGGAAUGCAACUUGUCAAGACGGAUGCUUUCUCUAUUGAUCCAAAACUAGACCCAUCGAGAUUCUUUGCGGGUGAGAUUAUCUCUAAACAACGGACCAUUUCCUGGCAGCAGGAACUCAAAAUCAUUUUGAAAGACUGGAUGAAAAAUAGAGAGUCCCCGUUUGAGACACUCAUAGAACACCUGGGCCAGCGGAGUUCACGGCCUCGGCCUAACGGCAGCAUGUAUGACGAUCCAAAGAUAAAUAGAUUCAGUCUACUCGAUACUACCCUUCCUCUGAUAUGCUCUCUUCACGCUUCACAAGCCCUCCCAGCUUUGUUCUUCAAUUACGACAGAAUGAUGUGUCAAGACCUUUGCGAACAUAUAUUGAAACAGCUGGAAGAAUCGGAGGCAGAGUGGAAGGAAGAAAGUGAAGCGUGGCGAGCAAAAAUUGGAAAAUGGAAAGACUGGCAAAAGGCCCAAGAAGCAGCUGAAAAGCGAAUUUCCAAGGCAAAAACAAGCAACAGGAAGGGUGGCGAUGACGAAAGCAUGUCUCGCGCGGAGCGGAUGAAAGAUUCAUCAUCGAGCGACCGUAGCGAAUUCGCAUCUUUUAACCCAGAAAGACCACUCGAAAAGUUCAGUCUGGCAGAUUACAAGAAACUCUCUCAUAACGACUUCAUGGAGUAUGCCGAGGAGCUUAAGCGGUGGCCAAUUCAACAAUGGGCGAUAAAUGCUUUAGGCCGAGGAAUUGGCGUUCACCAUGCAGGUAUGAAUCGAAAGUAUCGUCAAGUUUGCGAGAUCCUGUUUCGAAAGGGAUUCUUGCGGGUUGUUAUUGCAACUGGGACUCUGGCUUUGGGUAUUAACAUGCCAUGCAAGACCGUUGUUUUCUCCGGUGAUUCGCUGUACUUGACUGCUCUCAAUUUCCGUCAAGCCGCCGGACGAGCAGGAAGACGUGGAUUUGAUUUAUUAGGAAAUGUCGUUUUUCAACAAGUCCCCACAGCAAAGGUUCAUCGGCUUAUCAGCUCGAAGUUGCCUGAUUUACACGGGCAUUUCCCCCUUACUACAAGUCUUGUGCUGCGACUUUUGAUUCUGCUCCACGGUUCAGACCAAGCACCGUCGGCUGUGCGGUCUAUUGACUCUGUUUUGGCAAAUCCUCGAAUGUGUCUUGGUGGGGCUGAAAUGAAAGAAACCGUGUUGCACUUUCUGCGAUUCUCCAUUGAGUAUCUUCGACGCAAUCGUCUUAUUGACAGAUUUGGAGCUCCUUUAAACUUAGCAGGGUGCGUAUCGCAUCUCUACUAUACUGAGAGCUCCAGCUUUGCGUUACAUGCGCUUCUGCGCUCGAAAUAUCUACAGCACCUUUGUGGAAAUCUGGCUCAGCACCCAAAUAAUACCACUCGCAUCCUUAUGCUCAUCAUGUCUCAUAUAUUCGGCCGUCGACCCCUGCGCAAGUCAACACUUGAGGCAUACCAUGCAGCUGAUAAAAGAGCCUCCUCCGUCGUUCUCCUCCCGCCGUUACCGAAGCGGGCAGCGAAGGUCCUCCAAGCCCAUGACAAACAGGUACUAGGUAUCUACACUCAGUACGUUGCUACGUACAUCAACCAGCAUAAGUUCGAAGAAGACUGUGUUCUACCAUUCAGCAACUUGCGAUGUGGAGGGGAUCAGUCGGGCACGGAAACUGGACUUCCUCAGAACGACCAUCUGCGAACUAGGAUUACCUCCCCAUUUCAUGCUCUCUCCGGCUAUGAAGAUAAAUGGAAUACUGUUUCAGAUCUUUGUGAGACAGUUCGCAGUGGUGUCUGGAUAGAGGAAUCGGUAGUUCCAUUUGUUCCUCCUUCGUCCGAAGAGCUGCCAUUGAAUGCCUACCUGUACGACUUCUUCAGACAUGGAAAUGUCCAUCAGCUAGAGAUCGCGAAUGGAAUUAGGCCCGGUGAUGUUUGGUAUCUCCUCAACGAUUUCUCAAUGGUGCUAGCCACUUUGGUCACGAGCCUCGAGAAUUUUGUCAAUCCCGGUGGAGCGGUAGGUGCUGAUAUGCUGGAUGUUAUAGGCGGGGGUGAUCUACACCACAUUGAAGAGGAAGAUCAAGUCUUUGACAAGGAGGAACCAGAGGAGGAGAACGCCAUUUUAGCAAGAGAUUCUCAACCUUCUCAUGGCCCCACUGCAGCUUCCAGUGUCUCGAAGAAGAUGUCUCAGGUUGACAAGGGCAAAGUAGUCGAAAGCUGGGAAGAUGAAAUGGAUGAGGAGGUAGAAGAAGACAUUUUAGCGGAGCAUCCGGCCCUUUGUGAAUCAAAGCAGCAUAAAACGAAAGGGCGGGACUCUAAGUCGACCACGUCUGCCUCCCAAGCGGCUUCCGAGGAGAGAAGAUCACUCCUUGUCAUAUUGACAGCUUUCAAGCAGUUGAGGUCAGAUUUCGAUGAGAAGUUUAAAGGAAUGUGGGCAUAG